AUUCAAAGAUUUUAAAAGUACCAGCUGGCGCCUUUUAAGGGAUACGGCUCUGUGAAGCAGGCGGCUCACUUCUCAGCUACCAGAACAGUUCCUUCACCUGAGGCAGGCCCCACGUCCCCUGGUAUGAGCCGGCGCUCCUGCAGCUGCUCUCCACGGUCACCUUCCUGCUCCUGCAGCUCCAGCACCGUGACAGCCGCCGGGCGCCCUCGCCCCUCGGACAGUUGUAAAGAAGAAGAAAGUUCCACUCUUUCUGUCAAAAUGAAGUGUGAUUUUCAUUGUGACCAUGUUCAUUCUGGACUUAAACUGGUAGAACCUGAUGACAUUGGAAGACUAGGUUCCUACACUCUUACAUAUUUGGAAGGUUCUUGUAAAGACUGCAUUAAAGACUCUGACAGGUUAUCAUGUCUUGGGUCACCAAUUGUGAGCCCUAGCAUUGUAGAACUUGAAACUGAAAGCAAGCCCUUGCAUAACAAGGAAAAUCAAUGUGUGCAACAAACACUUAAUAGUACAAAUGAAAUAGAGGAACUAGAGACGAGUAGACUUUAUGAAGACAGUGGCUAUUCUUCAUUUUCUCAACAAAGUGGUCUCAGUGAACAUGAAGAAGGUAGCCUUCCCCUGGAGGAAAAUUUCAGUGACAGUCCACAAUCCUGCCUGCUGCAGAUGCAAAGCCCUGACCAAUAUCCCAACAAAAACUUACUGCCAGCUCUUCAUUUUGAAAAAGUAGUUUGUUCAACAUUAACAAAGAAUACAAAACGAAAUCCGAAAAGAGAUCGGGAGAUGCUGAAGGAUCUUAUAGCAAGAGGAAAUUUUAGAUUACAGAAUAUAAUUGGCAGGAAAAUGGGCCUAGAGUGUGUAGAUAUUCUCAGUGAACUCUUUCAAAGGGGACUCAGACAUCUCUUAGCGAAUAUUUUAACUCAGCUGAGUGAUAUGGACUUAAUCAAUGUGUCUAAAGUGAGCACAACUUGGAAGAAGAUUCUAGAAGAUGAUAAGGGAGCAUUCCAGUUGUACAAUAAAGCAGUGCAGAGAGUUACUGAAGACAACAUUAAGUUUUCACCACAUGCUUCAACCCGAGAGUACGUUAUGUUCAGAAUCCCACUGGCUUCUGUUCAAAAAGCAGCAGUCCAGACUCCUCCCCAAAAAGAUGCUCAAACCAAGUUAUCCAAUCAAGGUGAACAGAAGGGUUCUACUUAUAGUCGACACAGUGAAUUCUCUGAGGUUGCCAAGACUUUGAAAAAGAACGAAAGCCUCAAGGCCUGUAUUCGUUGUAAUUCACCUGCAAAAUAUGAUUGCUAUUUACAACGUGCAACCUGUAAACGAGAAGGCUGUGGAUUUGACUAUUGUACAAGGUGUCUGUGUGAUUAUCAUACCACCAAAGACUGUUCAAAUGGCAAGCUCCCAAAAGCCAGUUGUAAAACAGGUCCCCUGCCUGGUACAAAAAAAAGCAAAAAGAAUUUACGAAGAUUGUGAUCUCUUAUUAAAUCAAGUUGUUACUGAUCAUGAACAUUAGUUAGAAUAUAUUGGGUUUUAACUUAAAAAACAACAUAUUGUGAUUUUCAAUUUUACAUUGAAAUUUUUUCCCAGCGGAUAAAGAGGAUAUACAGCCUCUUAAAAUAUUUUACAAUUUAAUGUGAAAAAGUUAAAAUUCUCAGUACAAAUCAGAAAAUUUAAAUAUUUUAAAUAAAAAGGGAUAAGUAAGUAGUAAUCUAAUAUUUGUGAUACAGAAGUAAAAUGAUUCAAUUUUAUGGUGAAAGAAGGCUAUGUAAUUUUACCUAGACAAUCUUAGAUAUAAAUCUGGUUUACCAUCUAUUGGCAUUUGAGACAUUUUAUUUGUCUUGUCAAAUUAAUACCAAUGGAAAUAUCAAUUUCUGGAGUAUUAACUUAAAUGUUUUGUCUCCUUAAACCUUUUUCAUUGUGUGUAUCUCCCAAGAAAGUAUCUUUUGUAAAAUUUGCUUUUUUUCCUUUUUUCUGGUGUCUGUGUUUUAAUAUUUUUGUAUACAUGUAAAUAAUUUUGUAUUUUUAUAUGUCAAAGUAAGAAAAUGUCUUUUGUAUGUACAUAUAAAAAUAAAUUUUGUUC